AUGUUCUACAAACCUGUCAUCACAAACUGCACAAAGAGAUCAUUACAUGUCUCUAGAAGAUUAAAUUUUAGAAUACCAUUCUUACCAGCUUUACCACAAGCUCCAGGUGGUGUUAGAGGCGACGUUAACGAAGCCUAUGUGCCACCAAAAGCAGAUAAAAUGCAUGGUUCAUACCAUUGGGAUUUCGAAAGAAUCGUAGCCGUCUCCAUCAUCCCUCUGGUCACCAUCCCAACUCUAGGUUUAAGCUCAAUGCCUCUACAUUCCACAAUCGAUGCAGUAUUAUGUGUAACUGCGAUGUCUCACUUCUUUUUGGAAUUCCAAUCUUGUAUCACCGAUUAUGUCCAAAAGAGAGUCUAUGGUAAGAUUCAAAACUAUGCCAUGUACUUAUUAUAUGGUGGUUCCUUACUAUCUUUAAUCGGUAUCUACAAUCUACAAAGUGAAGAAAACCAAGGUUUCACUGGCUUGUUAACAAAGGUUUUCGGUAAAGAUACAAAGAAUGAGUCAAUUGAAUCAAAAAAGUAA